AUGAGAGCUGUCCAGUGCUUUUCGCUGCUCCUGUUCACUAUCGUCCUCCUAGCAACACAUAGUGAGGCUCUACAAUGUUACACCUGUAUGGGCUCCAAUAAUGAUGACUGCAACCGGCAAGGCUCCAAAUCCUGUCCCAGCUACUCGGACGCCUGCGCUGUAGUGAUUGGCCAUGACAGCGGGGUGAUGAAAUCGUGCUCCUACAGGUCUUUCUGCAGCCAGGCCAACAGCCAGGGGUACAGGGCACCGGGCGUCAGAGUUCACUGCUGCUACAGUGACGACUGCAACGUGUCGGGCUUCGCCUCCAAGCUGCCGGGACUCAACAGUCUACUGCUGCUUCUGCCACUAUUGUUCCACAUCUUUUUCUAAGUAGACAGAAGGCUGUCCAUCAGCUAUGCCAACUACUGCACUGGUAUCCAUCUGCAACAGA